GUUUCUCGGUAGAUUUUAAAAGCCUCUCUGUGUCUUUCUUGGAAGAGCAGAUCCUGUCAUGGGUCAAAGGUUAAAUUUUAUGUUUAAUCAGCUGAGGCAGUGAGCGCUUUGAUGCUCCUUUCACUGCUUUUUAGUAUGCAUGAGAAAUAACCUCUCUUAUCUUGUUACCUUAUAAAUGGAGCAAAUUUCUCAUUUUGUAGGACAGUUAAACAAUAAAUAAUUGACUGCAGAAUAUAAAUAACUUAUUAUAGUUAAUUGCAUUUUAAAUUGCAUGCUUGAGAUUUAAUUAUUUUGCAUUUUAAAACUAUUUUUAUCCCUAAAAUGUAAAGCAGUUCCUAUUAUUGUCUUGAUAAAAGAAUCAAAUGAAUGUAAUGAAACAGACUUGAUCAGGACUUAAAGAUUUAUUAGCUUCUUUCUUUCUUUCUUUCUUUCUCUCUGUGUGAAAGAGACUUCAAACAAAGCGAAGAAAACAAACACUAAGUGACCCUAGACUAUAACACAUUAAAGUCUGUGUCUGAGUCACAGAUCUGUGUAAGUGAAAGACAAAGCCAACAGAAAAGUUUCAGUGAAGAAGAAAAAGUUCAUGUUAAGACUGUAAAUCUGCAUCUUUCAUAUGAAUUACAACAGUAAAGCAGGAUAAUAUUGAGACUUGAUGUGAAUAAAAUGGUUAAAUUGAUGCUAACUUGAUGAUAUGGUUAUCUAGUAAGGAUUCUGUCAUUACCAACCAGCACAAGUUAAAGACAAGUUUCUUUAGCUGCUUGAAUUCAUCAUUUUUAAGUCAAUAAAAUCUUCUGUCAUCAAUGCUAAAUGUUUUCAUGUUUUUAUGUUUGUAUAUUCACAUAUUUCUAUGCCUGCUAAUGCCUUUUAAAAUUGAAACUGCUGCUGCUAGAUUGUCCUCCUCUCUAUUUCUCUUAUGUCAAUCCCAAAUUGCAGAACUGAACAAAUCAGAUGCUCAAAAAAAAGGUUCUGCAGAAGUUGCUGAAUCUGUUUCCUCUUCUGGCUGCAGCUCGACUCGCCGACCAGCUUCACCUCAGUUCGCUGCUUAGAUCCUCUACUCUCAGUUUUUUUCAGGUGAGUUAAUUUCUUUCAUAUUUAAAGUGGAUUUUUUUAACUAGUUGUUGGAUUAAGUUAAAGUUAUCAGCAGUCCUGUUUUCCUUUUUCUAAAAUUUGUAUGUGAUUUGUUAAAAUAGGACAGACGAGUUGGUGUGAGCUCCAUAUCUCGUUUGUUCUGAUAAAAAAUAUUAUAAUACUAAACUGUUCCUGUCAGCUGAUCAUUCAGUUGUUCAGAGAGAGGUGAUUUUAAGUCUGUUCAGUAGGUUAAACCAGCAACCUGUCACUUAAACCUGCUCCUUUUUUUCUCUUUCUUUUUCCUAUUCGCUACUUUUCUUUUCAAUUCUGUUUCCUUUCCUUCUCUCCAUCUCCUCUCCUCUCCUCUCCUCACUCUUGUUUGGUCUCCUUUCUUCUUACCUUGCCCUCGCUGUCAUUUCCUUUCCAUCUCUCCUCAAACCACUACGUGCACACCUGCCUCCUUUUCUCCAUCCUUCUCUCCCUGCAUUUUCUCCCCUACACUUUCCUUCUUUCCUUACCUUCUCUCUCUCUCUCUCUACUUUUAAGCUUUCUUUUUAUCCCUCCUUGUCUCCUUACCUCAUUCCCCUCUCUCAUUUCCACUUUUCCUUACCUUAUCAUCUCUCUCCUUGUCAGGUCAUCCAUCAUGCUUCAUCGUUGUAUUUUCCUUGUCGGUGCUCUGCUCUCAUUGGCUGUGCCCCUCCUGGUUGCCAUGGAGACCUGCCCAGCAACAGGAAUGCCAGGAAUGCCAGGUAUGUGCGCGGAUGUGUGUUAAUGUGUGUAUAUAUUGUUCAGAUAUGAGUGUGUUUUGAUAAUUCACCUGUCUUCACAUCUUCAGGUAUCCCGGGGAUGCCAGGCAGGGAUGGCAGAGACGGUCAUAAAGGAGAGAAGGGACAGCCAGGUAUCACACACACACACACACACACACACACACACACACACACACACACACACACACACACACACACACACACACUGGUUGGCCACUGGUUUCAGAGUCACGUAUGAUUUGAUGCAAAAAGAUAUUCAUGUCCAUCGUUUCAGGUGCGGUGUUGAGUGGUGGUCUCCACCCUCAGAAAGGACAGAAGGGGGAGCCGGGGCAGGUGGGAUACCCUGGUAAACGAGGUCCGAGCGGGGAUAUGGGAACACCAGGCGACCCGGGCAAGCCCGGACCUCCAGGAGAACCAGGAGAACCAGGGUAACCUAUUUUUGUUGAGUCAUCCUUAAUUCAGCUUCACUGCAGUCUACUCAAUAAGAACUGAUGAUAUCUGGAAAAAACUGCAGUUCCUCCAGUGUCCACUUGGGGAACGUCGAUCUCAAGUGAUGAUGCAUUUGCAUGAUUAGGGGUGUGGCACUGUAUGGCCCAAAGUCUGGGUGUUAGUCCGCCACACUUAUAUUGUAACUUUGUAGGAUUUACAGCUUUAAAAUCAAGAGUUGGGGUCAAGGUUGGAACUAGACUUGUUCAACUAGAGUGGCCAAACUGGGGUAAUAAGUUCAUAGGGUUGGCCAGGGAUGGUAAAACCUAAGGGCUAACCACAAACCCAUGAAGUUAUCCUCUGGGACCCUAUCCUCUAAGAUCAGACCACUUCUGAUCUCAUCUUCAUCUAAAUGAGUGAAGCACUCUGCAGAAUUUACAACGUUUCAGUGAUGAGACAAAAUAUUUUUCAGGACUAUGGGAGACCAGGAGAAAGCGGCCUUUAGCGUGGCCAGAGCAACCAACGAGUACCCAAACAAGUUCAGCGUGAUUCGGUUCUUAAAGGUCAUCACCAACAUCAACAACGACUACAACACAGAGACAGGACACUUCAGGUGAGAAAAACACCCUCUGAUGCUGACGUAUCUCAGGAAGAAUCAGCUUUCAUAACUGUCAUCUGGUUUCUUAUGGGGUUGCAGGUGUCGUAUCCCCGGUACGUACUACUUUGUGUUCCACGCCUCUUUAGACGACCGGCUGUGCGUGGCGAUGAAGCUCGAUGGCCAAGUGGUGACGACAUUCUGCGACUUCCGCACCAGGAAACAGGUACCAUCAAAUUCACAGAAUAAAGCAAAUAAGAUGUUAUUGUCCAUCUUCUAAACUGGAGAAACCUUGAGAGUAUAAUCUAAACUUCAUCCUGAAUUCGCGCCAACUUUAUGAUUACGUUUGAAUUUACUCAGAGAUGCUCCAUGUGUUAAAAUCUGGUUCUGACUCCAGGUGACUUCAGGAGGCAUGGCGGUCUACAUGUCCAGAGAUCAGGAGCUCUGGUUGGAGACUAAAGACUACAGAGGGAUGAGAGGAAAACCAAGUGGUUUCAGCGUCUUCUCCGGCUUCCUGCUGCAAGCCCACUGAUCCGAGACUUAUCAAACAGUGUUUUACAUCAUUUUUGUUGACCAAGAAUGGCUGAAAAAACAGAAAAUAAAGAUUAAAACCAUCUUACCAUCAUUUGUGAAGAGCUUUAAAACUUUUUAAAGAAAACUUUUACUUCUUUCCAUUUUUAUGUCUCAUUGUCCUUUUAACCAAGUCAUGUUUCAGAUGGAGCUGUAUGUAUAAUCUCUGUCAAGUGAACGUAAAACAAUAAAAUUAGCAGAAUUGAACUGACCGAGAGAACUGCUUUCACAGUCCUGUGAUCUCUACAUGAAAUGAAGCUUUUUAAAGUGCCAGCUUCUCUAGAUUUAUAAGAUUAACGACUUAUAACACAAAGUUUAAUUGGUUUAAAUUUAACAUCCAGAAAGGGAAGAGUAAUAAUAUCAACUGUUAUUCAAAAAUUAAAAAAAACCUAAAAUAAAA